AUGGAUCUCCCGAAAGCACUCACCCUCAGCUCCAAGGUACGUUGGCCUCUCCUCCUCCUCUUCCUUCUCCAAGCUGCUCUCUUUCCUCAGUGUUCAGGAAGCCAAGCCGAGCGGCUCGCUUUGCUUGCUUUCAAGGCAGCAAUAACCCACGACCCCAAAGGAUCCUUGAAGUCGUGGAAUGGAACUAAGUCCAUCUGUAGGUGGGCUGGCGUUUCCUGCAGUCCUCGGCACCAGGAGAGGGUCGUCGCCUUAGUCCUCGACUCCAUGAGCCUUGGAGGCUCCAUAUCUCCUUCCGUCGGAAACCUCACCUUCCUUGCUCGACUCCACCUCCCCGGCAACAGCCUUGGCGGUGUCAUCCCCUCGGACAUCGGCCGUUUACGUCACCUCAAAGACCUCAACCUGAGCUUCAACGCCUUGGGUGGGCCCAUCCCCCCCAGUCUAAGCCAGUGCAGGAACCUCUUACACCUGGACUUGACCGAAAACCUUCUCCUGGGGAACAUUCCCAUCCAACUCGGUUCUCUUUCCCAGCUCACCGUGCUGAAUCUAGGCAGCAAUGGGCUUGCCGGUGCCAUCCCACCUUCACUAGGAAACCUUUCGUCUCUCCAGCAACUCGAUCUGUCGAGCAACAGGCUUAUUGGAGAGAUGCCGCCUUCCCUAGGGAACCUAUCCUCUCUUGUCUAUCUUAACCUUUCAACGAACAGCCUCGUGGGGGCCAUACCACCUUCUUUCACAGACCUCCUCUCUCUCCGUUAUCUUGAUUUAUCAAGCAAUGGUCUUGCUGGAGGUAUUCCAUCGUCGUUAGGUAGAAUUCAGGCUCUAUCUGUUCUCAUUCUAGCGAGCAACAAUCUCACAGGGAUCAUCCCCCCUUCAGUGGGAGCCCUCAAGUCUCUCGCUUAUCUUGAUCUCUCUUGGAAUAGGCUUGUUGGAGCACCCCCUCCAUCAUUCUCCAAUCUCUCGCAUCUCGUCGUUCUUGAACUAUCGAAAAAUAAUCUCCAAGGCCACCUUCCGGAGGACCUAGGCCACCUCACCAGCCUCCAGUUUUUUGAAAUUUCCGACAACAAAAUAUCCGGCACCAUUCCACUGUCGCUCUACAAUAUCUCAUCUUUGCAAACCUUGAGUGCUGUAGAUAACCUGCUAUCAGGAACAGUUUCACUUGAUAUCGGCAACGCUCUUCCUAACCUCCUGCAGCUUAACCUGGUCCGGAACCAGCUUGAAGGACCAAUCCCAAUCUCGCUAGCAAAUGCUUCAGGACUUCAACUGAUCGAUCUGGGUGGCAACAAAUUCAGUGGAGGGAUACCUGAAAAUCUUGGAAGCCUGCAACAUCUCUCUUGGCUUUCUCUAUGGGGGAACAGAUUGAAGGCUGAAGAAGCCAAUGACUGGGCUUUUAUUUCCUCCCUGACAAACUGUAGUCAACUAGGUUUUUUGAGCCUAGCUGACAAUGAUCUUAGUGGCACGUUGCCCGCCUCAAUAGCUAAUCUGUCGACCCAUCUCUAUAGGUUAACUAUGGGGCAAAACCGGAUAUAUGGAACCAUUCCUCCUGGAAUUGAGAACUUGGUGAAUCUGACUAUAUUGGGCCUUAAUGAGAACAUACUUGGUGGCAGCAUUCCCGAUUCCAUUGGAAAACUUAGUAAACUUGAAGCUCUACUCUUGUUUAGCAACAAAUUUUCGGGGGCUAUCCCCACCUCCAUUGGCAACCUCACCCUGUUAAAUGAGCUUUAUUUAGAUGGGAAUGACUUGCAGGGAGACAUACCAGCGAGUCUUGGGAACUGUCAGAUUCUGAACACACUAGACCUUUCUCGUAAUCGCCUUAGUGGAUCCAUCCCUAGAGAAGUCCUCAGCCUUUCCUCCUUAUCGGAUUUUCUGGACUUAUCCAGCAAUUUCUUGGAUGGGCCACUUCCAACUUCAGUAGGCAAGCUGCAGAAUCUUCAGCUUCUGAAUAUUUCCCACAAUAGGUUGUCAGGUGAAAUUCCAACAACAAUAGGAGAUUGUCAGGUGUUGGAAUACCUCUAUUUAGAAGGGAACUUCUUUCAAGGAUUCAUUCCUUCAUCACUGGACCAUUUAAAGGGCAUCACAGUGUUGGAUCUUUCACUCAAUAAUUUGUCUGGGCCCUUCCCACAUUUUCUAUCACACCUACAUUAUUUGCAACAUGUAAACCUAUCCUUCAAUGAUCUUGAUGGUGAAGUGCCAAAGGAGGGAGUCUUCAAGAAUGCUAGUGCAGUUUCCAUACUCGGGAAUGACAAAUUAUGUGGGGGUAUCUCGGAUUUGCAUUUGCCCGCUUGUCCAAGUCAAACAUCAAAAAAGAAGAGGUCCCUUGUGCUCAAAGUAAUUGUCCCAGUUGUUUGUGGAAUCUCGUUAUUGGUCCUGUUAUCUAGUUUGUUCAUCACCUGCUAUUUGAAAAGAAACUCAAAGAAAUCUUCGUUUGCGACUCCCUCGAUGGAUCUACUUAAAAGAGUUUCUUACAAGGAGUUGAUGAAAGCAACUGAUGACUUUUCAUGCAAUAAUCUGAUUGGCCGGGGAACUUUUGGUUCUGUAUAUAAAGGGAUUAUGAGUGAUGGUGAAACUGUUGCGGUCAAGGUACUUGACCUCCAACUGCGAGGAGCUUUCAAGACUUUCAUGGCAGAGUGUGAGGCCUUGAGAAACAUCCGACAUCGCAACCUUGUAAAAAUCUUGACAACAUGUGCAAGUGUUGAUUUCAGAGGCAAUGAUUUUAGAGCUCUAGUGUUUCAGUUCAUGCCUAAUGGGAGCCUAGAGAAGUGGUUGCACCCACCAUUGGACGGGAAAUUUUAUUCGAAGAAACUAAGCCUCAUCCAGAGGCUGAACAUAGCAAUUGAUGUGGCUGCUGCACUGAACUACCUCCACAACCACUGCGAGAUACCAAUUAUUCAUUGUGACUUAAAGCCAAGCAACAUUCUUCUUGAUGAUAGCAUGACUGCUCAUGUGGGAGAUUUCGGGCUAGCAAAAUUCCUCACUAGAAGCACCGACAAGUUAUCAACAGCUCUAUCUAGUACUAGUACAUUUGCUAUAAAGGGGUCUAUCGGAUACAUUGCUCCAGAGCAUGGGAUGGGAGGCCAAGUCUCUGUUCAAAGUGAUGUUUAUAGUUAUGGGAUCCUCAUUCUUGAGUUGUUUACUGGGAAGAGACCCACAGACGACAUGUUUAAAGAUGGUCUUACUCUUCAAAAAUUUGUUGAGGACGAACUCUCGAAAGGAUCCCAGGUUACCAUGAUUGUGGAUCCAUCCUUGUUUUCACAAGAGAGUGAAGAAAUGCUACAUAUAAAUCAAGGUGGAAGCCAAGCAGGUGAGAGGAUUGAAAGAUGCUUGAUUGCUGUGCUUGCAAUUGGUCUUUCAUGCGCCAGGGAGUCACCAGGAGAGCGCAUGGAGACAAAAGAUGCGGUGACUCAUCUGGAAGCAAUCAAGACUCUACUACCAGUGCCCAACAUCUGA